AGGUGUACUGUGUUGAUACAAAGUUAAAUUAUAUUGUAAAACGGGCACAGUUACGUUGUACGUCUAAAGUAGGCAUGACCAGAUGACUGUUAAUGUUUAGUGCGCAGGGCAGAAAAUAAAAACUCCUCCCUUUCUGCAGAGGAAACAGGAAGAUGCCGCUGAAAGUAUAUGCGCCUAAACUACGUGGUAAUUUCUAAAGAGAAAUAAGGAAGACAAUCCAGCAUAUAGAACAUCUGUUUAUGUUAGUAGGAGUUUAUGAGUCUUGUAACAACUUGAAAGUAUUGCAGAGAGACAGAGUACUGAUCUUGAGCACUGACGGAGCAAAUCUGAGGCAAUCUGUGAAAGUGAAAGUAAACUGUGUGUCUGAAACAGGCGAGUGACCAGCACAGGAGAAAUCAACACAAUGGCUACAUCACAGUCUGACGUGGAUUGUACAUGCCCUGUGUGCUGUGAUAUAUUUAAGGAUCCUGUUGUCUUGCUGUGCGGUCACAGCUUCUGUAAGCACUGUCUUCAGGAGUGGUGGAGACAGAGUAGAUCCAAGACAUGCCCAGUCUGCAAGGAAAUAUUUCCAAUGGCUCAGCCCCCACGCAAUCUGGCUCUGAGAAACCUGUCUGACAACUUGAGAAGAGAAAAGAGUCAGAAAGAAAACUCAGGAUCUAAAGAAGUGUGCAGUGUGCACGAUGAGAAACUCAAGCUCUUCUGUGAGGAAGAUCAACAGCUCAUCUGUGUGAUAUGUAGGGAUUCACAAAAACAUAAAAAACAUAACUGUGUACCAAUCAAUGAAGCAGCAGAAUCGCAUAGGGCUGAAAUCAAGAUCAAGCUGAUGCACUUAAAAAGCAAACUCGGGUCAUUCAAAACAGAAAAACUGAACCGUGAUAAAAUGGCCGGUCACAUCCAGCUCCAGGCUCAGAAGACGGAGAAGACAAUCACAGAGGAGUUUGAGAAGCUUUUCCAGUUCCUGCGAGCGGAAAAGGCUGCUAGGAUUGAUGCCGUGAAGAAAGAGGCGGCGCGCAAGAGUGAAGCAAUGAACAUCGUGAUUCUUAAUUUGACUGCAGAGAUCUCCUCACUCACACAAAAAAUCAAAACCAUAGAGAAGGACAUAAAGGCUGACAUCUCAUUUAUGCAGAAUGUCAAAUCCACCAUGGAGCGAUCUCAGUGCAACUUACCAAAUCCAGAGACUCCAUCUGGACUCCUGAUUGAUGAGGCCAAACAUGUUGGGAAUCUGCUGUUCAAUGUCUGGAGCAAGAUGAAGAAUCUAAUCCAAUACAUUCCUAUAACUCUAGACCCCAACACUUGCGGCUCAGACUUGGUUAUAUCAGAACAGCUGACCCGUUCUACAAGCCGCAACAGUGCACCAAAACAUCGAAUUCUAGAGACGGUACGCAACACAAGCAUUCUUGCCACUAAAGGCAUUAGUUUGGGAAAAUGCAGCUGGGAUGUGGAAGUGGACGGUUUCGGGGCUGUUGGUGUGGCUACUAAAACUAAGAAUCAAAUCUGUGAAAACAUCUGGAGCAUCUACGUAUGUCCUUGCUAUACGUGUCUGGGUGAACGUACUCCAGAGAGUUAUAUGGAUAUUGAAUGGAAAGCGUCAUGUCCCGAAAAGCUCAGAGUGGGGCUUGAUUAUGACAAAGGAAUGCUAUCAUUUUUUGAUCUUGAGAAGAAAAUACUUGUACACACCAUCAAGUGUGCUUUCACAGAAACAGUCUUUCCGUAUUUUUGUGACAAUACAAAACUCCUUCCAGCUGAAUUGUCAGUGGGGAUAAAACUGCUCAGAUAAACAUCCAACAACAAGAUAAGGCCUUAAAACUGCCUCAUUUUGGGACCGUAAGUGUUUAGAAAAUCAACUAAAUUGUUGCCACAUUAAGUACGUCUAUUUUUAUUGUAUAAUUAGUAAAUCUUGGUCUAUCUCUGUAACUUCACAUCAAAUAUUUGAUGUCAGUGACCAAUGGCAGUGUUUUCUUUUUGGUUUAGUUGACGAUUGUUCACAUGAAGUUUAGUUUGAGCACUACACAGCAUCUAAAAACAGAUGUAUGAUGUUCGCUGUGGUUCUGCAGGAGCUUUCUAAAGUUUGAAAAGUUAUGCUGGGUGCUUUAGAUGUGAACAUUUUUAACAUCCUGCAUUACAAACUGAUGGGGUGGGGUUAGAAAGACACAGAGGGUAUUGUAUUGUGGGAAAAGUAGGAUCAAAUGUUUUUGAAGUUUGACUCAUAGUAGGGACUGUCUUGUUAUUUUAUCUCUCGUGGGCACCCUUUGUUGUUGAUCAUUCAUUGUAUGUUUUAAAUCAGGGGUUUUCGGAGACAGUGGACCGCUCCUCUGUCAAAGCUUGGAAAAAGGGCUAGGCGAAUAAGACCUAAGAUCUUGAUUCAGUAAUUUGAUCCCAUGGAUAAGAUAGCCUAAUAUUGCUGUUUGACAAAACUUCAGAUUUGAUAAAAUACAUUAAAAAGGCUCUGUCUUAAGAAAAACAGUAAAAUCUCCAAACUGCUGUAUCUCCUUAUUGUCCCUUUAACCAAAUCACACACAUUUAGGCUUUUCUAUUUGAUCUCUUUUCAAUAACUAAUCUCAUUAAUUCACUGAACCUCCCCUGAGACUGUUUGGACCCACCUCUUACUUUGAAAACCUCUGUUUAAGACAUUUGUAAAAUAAUCAUGUAACUUUCUGUAAAUAUUAAGAUUGAGAUGAUUUUCCUGUUUUUAGAAUGUUUCCCUGUGUUUGAAGUUUUUUCUGUACCUUAAGAGUCUAAAAAAUAGACAGUAUACAGAUUGAAAACCCCCUUUUGAGCCAAAUGUGUGGAUUUCUAAAUGGAAGUGACUUAACUUGUGCUUCAGCAUCAGUCAAAUUGUAUAUCAAGUCAAAUGUAUCUUAAGUAAUUUCUUAGAAAUCUAGUUGUUUUAUAGGUCUUCUUAACUUGAAAAGAUGAAAAUGUAUGCAGUUUGUUGUUAGUAUUUGUUGAUGCUAACUCAAACCCUAAUGAAUGAAUGAACAUAAUAGUGACAUUCCCAGGAUUUGUUUGAUAGCAACGGCCUAUAGGUCCUUAACUGCUUUAUUAGAAAACAUUUAUGCGAUAAAGAUUGAAAGUGGGUUCCUGUUGAGCUGUUUAAUAUGUUUCAGGACAAGAUGGUUUGCAGAAUAUUGAAAAUUUCAGAAUGAUUUAAAGAUUUCAUCAUUAUGUUUGUAUGUAUUAUAUUUUUCAUUUCUGCCAUAUAACUGCAUAUCUUAACUGCAAUCUUUUAAUUUUAUUAUUAUUAUUUUUGUUCUCUUGUGGUGUUAAAUAUUGGAAUAUAUAUUGAAAUAAAUGUACUGUUAUUGGGAAAAUAAAACAUAUU